UGCAUUGAAGUACAGAAACGGUAAAAUGGAAAAGGAAGAGGAGUUGAGAUAAGAUGAAACGAAAUAUUUCUCCAUUUUUCUGCUAGAAUCAUGGAUUCUGAGCAGCUCAGAGACGCGGAAUGUAUCCUUGACUUGAAGACAGGGAAGGGAGUGUCUCUGGCGGAGGCGGAAGAUGAACAAUGGCUAGUCCAGUCUGGUGAACAUGUGGAGUUCAGAGACAACAGCCGAGUGUUCGUGGAGAAGUCCGGAGAAGGCGUCCUGUUUGGGCUGAAGAAGGAGAAAGGGGAGUGGUUGGUGUGUCCCUGGAGUGCAGACGAGCCCUGUCUGCUGGAUGACCUUGAACUUGUCCAGCCUACCAAACUUCAGAAUGGUAACACUAUAAAAUGUGGUUCAUUUUUCUACCGCUAUCGUUCCAAAGAGCCCAAAAAGAAGAAGAAAAGUCCAGGAAGUCCAAAUGAAAAUCUUCCAAAGAUGCCUCCCCCAAAGCCAAAGAGGACAUUUGAGUACCAAAGGCCAAAAGAAGAAGCCGAAGACAGUGCUUCAAAGUUAAAGACAGAGAUGUCACUACCGUUGCACUCACUGGAAGAGGAGUCCUCUCUGUCUUCAGAAUGGUGUGUCCUGUCUGAAGACGACCAGCUGUUUGCACAGUUAAAGACACCAGAACAGGUGUCAAGCUUAUCAGCAUCCUACACCAGCCGUCAGCUCCUGUUGUAUUGUGAUUCUGAACUUGGAGCAGUGGAGGUGGAUACAAUCUUCAAAAUGUUUCAGGAAAUAGCCAGCCAAGAUGACUCGGCAUUUCGCGACUUCAUUACUGAGUAUCGACAGGAGGAGAAAGCAAUGGGUGGAGAGAGUCAUGCCAUCUUUGCUCCUUUGAUAAAACUAAUGGUGCAAUUGCUCCAAUACUCACUGGACCCUGUUGAAAGUAAUGUAAUGUGGCUGAGAAUUCUGGCAAUACUUUGUCGCAUCCCUCAGAACAGUGAAAUCUUCAUCCAGUGCCAUGCUGCAGCGACAGUGAUGGGGACAAUGGCAGCACACUGUGCAGUGGAGAUGGUUCAGCUCCACUGCUGUAGGAUACUGGCAAUGUUGGCACAGUACAGACCGCUGCCAAACCAGAAGGCUCCAGUACGAGAGAGCGGUGUUGAUCUGUUAACUCGUGCCAUGCACAAUUUUAAAGAGAAGCCUGCAGUAGUCAAAAUGGCAGCUCAGGCUGUGGCGAAUGUAGCAGCUUCACAAACAUCUUUGGUUCAGGGACUAAUGAAAAACAAGAAAACUCGACACUUGACCCAGUCUGAGAUUGACAAGCAUGUAGCAGUGUUGGAACAUAUUGCCCAGUACUCCAUUCCAGUGGUGAAACACAUGAUGGAAUAUCACCACAAAGACAUUGGCAUUGUCACAGAAGGGAAACGUCUGCUCAACUUUUUUGUUGCUGCCUCAGAAAGUGAAGAAGAUCAGUCACAAGCUUGUGAAAAUUCACCAGACAUAAAGGUGGACAACAUGUCCCCACCUCCAGUGUCGCCUCCUGCCAGGGGAAUCUUGAAAAAAUUUCCCUCCAUGGACCAAAUGAACAAGAAAGUUUCAUUUGCAGACGACACAUUUGGCGGAUCAAUAACAACCACAGGUGGAGAAUCGUCUUUUGAUGAAUUGCAUUACCAUGGCGAUAUCAGUGGAUCUGAUAGUUUCUCUUCGUCAGGGAAACACGAUGGAAAUCUGCUAUCCACCUUAUCUCAGUCACAGCCAAACAUUCCAACUGACACACAUUCCAAGGCAGAUAUUUCAUGUGACGUAAGCACAAAGAGUGCCAGUGGUGACACCUAUGGACCAGAUGACACCACAGGUCAGAGUUCACAUUGUAACCAAGGUUACACAGCAGCAGACUAUGAUGAUGUCAUCAUUACAGGGGAUAAGGUGACAGUACAGAGUUCAACGGAUAACAAAGGUGAUACACCCACUUUGUGUGAUGACACUCAAACUACAGGAGACACAGUGAAUGUGAAAAAUGCAAUUACAGGUCAGGAAUCUGCAGCAGACAUUUACGACAAUGCAGUAACAUUGCCAGGUAAUCCUGGUUCUCAGGACGCUACUUCUAACAAUGGAACCCCCCAAAAGGCAUCAGAAAGUGAGAGACCUGAUUUUCAGCAUUUGUCUUCCAAUGACUAUGUUUACGAUGAUGUGGCAUCUCUACUUUUUGGAACAGGUGAUAUUGUGUCACUUGAUUUGGACUCGAGCACAGGUCAGGACACACCGAAAGCACAAACCCAAGAUAUCCCAUCAGCCUCUUGUAAGAAAGUUCCCAAUGAUAGCAGCCAUCUAGACAAAUCUGACCCAUCUCAGGAAAUCAAAAGUGAUAAUGCCAAUAUAUCAACGCAAAAAAUAUCCAGCUUGACAGCAGAGGAAAAUAUUGACAAUGAAAAUAAAUCUUUGCUGACAAAGGAUUCUUUUGACACUGACAGAGUAGCAAAAACUGUGGAGUCUACAGAUGUCAGUGAUGAAUGCACAGUAAGUAAUAACACUAAUGCUAUUUGUAAGGACUCAAGAAGUCCUGAAAACAUCAGUGACGGUUGCCUUACAGCAAAUGUGGAUGUAAAGGAAGGGAAAUUGACUACAGAAAUUGAUGGCUCUCAAGAUGCAAAUAUAGGAAAUGAUAAUGAGCUUGCCAAUCCUGUCAGUGACUUUGUCGGAGAAGAAAUAAAAUUAGACUGCAAAGCCACUGAAGAUGAAACCAUAGUUGAGAAUGCUUCAGUGGCUGAAUUGCAUACUAACAGAUUGGAUAUUGCUCAAGCUGGCAGUGCAGACAGUGGUCAUGUUGGCAGCUUGGACAGUGGUCAAGCCACCAAGAUUGGGGAUGCUGGAGAGGUGGUCAGUCAGAAUGUAACAGACACAAUAUCAGAUCUAUGUGCUGUGUUACCGGAGAAUAUUAAAGAAAAGAACAUUGUUGAUCAAAGUGUGAAAAUGUCAGAUUCUGAGAACUUAUCUUUGAACUCAACACAAUUACAGACUCUAGAAGUAAAACUCCAGAGUAAAAACACUGGACGUGUUGAAGGACUGUCAGAUCUAAGGCAGCCACAAGGAAAUGCUUGGCUAUCAGAAAACACUGAAUCAGAUCAAAGAGAGACUGUAUCACCAAGGCCAAAACCAAGACUAAAAGAUCAGCCUAAAACUGAACAACAAUAUCCAGCACAGCCUCCAUCAAUUUUAAGAAAAUCUGACCAACAGGAGUGUGGAAACAAGGAUUCAAAAUUACCAGAGCAAAGUCCCUCAGAAUCUGAUCUUCAGGCAGCAAAGCAGGCAAAAUCGCCUAGACCUCUAGAUAGAAAGCAGGCACCAACUGCAGUUAUUCCAAGGAUCAAGUCAGCUAAUUUGGAAACAAAGCUUAGAAGAAGGGAGGGAGUGAAAAAGAGUCUUCAAAAACAUGGCGGUUCACCUAGACUUUCAUUACCGCAAGUAAAUCAUACAACUGAGGUUGCAAGUGGAACUGCUGUUAUCAGUGAUGAAACAGGUGUUGAGCAAGAUAAGAAAAAGGGUAACGAAGGAAAUUCUAAGGCACCUAUAGUAUCGAGUGCCACAACCGGUGCUGAAACUCUAGAGGCCAAACACGAUGAACAUGCAGAUCAUCACAGAAAAAAUGAAAAUACUGAUAAAGACAAGAACAGAGAAAGUGUCAGUAAAGGAAACUUCACCCUUAUUUUAGCAAACAAAGAACUACAUACAAAUAGUGCCAUUGUGAAUACUGCCAAAGAAAACAAAGAAACUAAAGAAUCUAUAUCUGGAGGGGUGAAGAUGAGUAAGGAGACCAAAGAUGCUCCUGAGAAGGAACGAUAUGGUGUUAUGUCAGUCAGUGCUGUUUCUCCGGGAGGAAAAGUGGUUCAAUAUGCCAAAUUCAAAGAAUUUCAAAUGCACCAGUGGGUCAGACGGUUCUCCUCUGAGAAAAACAUACAUAUCCACGAAACAGAGCCCGAAAAUCAGGUGAAACAUUCUAAGUCUGCCGAGGAAAUUAGGGACCUAGAGGACCAGGAUUCAAAAUCGAGAAAAAUGUGGGGCAGCGUUCACCUGCCAGAUGUUGACACUCUUUUAUCAACGAGCUCCAUGACUGAGUCUAUCGAACUUCCGCGAAGUGAUGUCACCCCGCCAGAGGCUCCCUCCUGGGUUCAGAAACUUGUCCCCGAUUUUGACACUAGUGACCUUGGCGAGUGCGUUAGUGAGGACGAUAACAUGACCAGCAGCAGACGCAUGUGGGGGAGCAUACAUGAGCCUCACGUGGACACCCUUUUAGCCAAAAAAGACGCCACGACACCCAUAGAAGAUACACACCAUGUCAGUGACCUCAUCCCCCAAGAAGAAAAACCUUCUGAAACUGAAAACCAACAGCCUGAAAAUACUCAGCCAUUGAAACCCAUAGAAAAAAACAAGGCAGAUUUAACUGUAAAAAAUUCCAGGAUUAAACGAAGUAAACCUGUUAUUGGGAAGAAACCUGUGGUGGAGAAAGUGGACAGAACUUUCCAGAUAAUUCCACUUGUUAAUGUCACCAUGAAGGUCACAGAACAGAAGCCGCUGUACGAACUGGAAGAAUCCACAGAAGAUACUUUGAGUAAUGAUCAUGAGAAAAUGUGCCAGAUUUUAGCGCUGAGAACUCUGAUCCUCAACCACAUCUUCACCCUUUGGAAAGAGAAGAAGCCCAUCUCCUCUUUAAGUCUACUGGACAAACCACUGACCGAGGUCCUGUCAGAGGUCAAGGGGUCACCCUACCUGUUGGACUGCAUCACAAGGGGAAAGGACCCCAGGUAUUUGGAAGGGAAGAUCCUGAAAGACGUGGACCCGGCCAUUGUGGUGAACAUCAUUGAGGCUGCUACUAGCAAGACAUCAAGAGUUAAACCAGCCAUGAAACUGCUGGAGAAGCUGGAGACACUAUUGGAGCCAGUUCAGCUGAGUCCACACCUGGAGACAGCUUGUCUGUGUCUACAACAUCUACUCCAUGGACCUGUCACUGAAGCUUUAAAGACAAAUGGCACCGUGGCACAAAAUCUCCACAAGAGACUGAACAUACUAUUGUUUUCUAAAGAUGUGGCAGAGAAGUGUAAAGUGAUCAUACGAGAUGUUGUUUGUUCCCUCAGACAAUAUCAGCUAGCUUGACACAGGUCUUUGACCUUUGUAAGUUUUUUUUUUUUUUAAGUUUGCCAUGCAAGGCCCAGAUGGGUGUUGGAUCAUGAUGGAUUUUGUGGUACAGU